UUUUACUGUAGUGGUACAUGGUGGGUUAGGUUAAGAAGGGCAGCAGAAAAAUAUCUCUUUCUCUCUCUGAAUAUAUAUACACACACUCACGCGCACGCACUUUAAGCGUAUUAUACUGCUCAUUUAUUCAUACAAAAUGGACAAUUCCGGCAAGGAGAAAGAGGCAAUUCAGCUAAUGGCUGACGCUGACAAGAAAGUGAAGUCCUCCGGCUCGUUUUUAGGAGGAAUGUUCGGAGGGAAUCACAAAUUAGAGGAGGCUUGUGAGAUGUAUGCCAGAGCAGCCAACAUGUUCAAGAUGGCCAAAAACUGGACCGCUGCCGGAAACGCGUUCUGCCAGGCAGCCAGGCUACACAUGCAGCUCCAGAACAAACACGAUUCGGCCACCAGCUUUGUUGACGCCGGAAAUGCUUUCAAGAAGGCUGAUCCACAGGAGGCUAUCAACUGCUUAAAUGCAGCCAUCGAUAUUUACACAGAUAUGGGGCGAUUCACUAUUGCAGCCAAACACCAUAUCACAAUUGCUGAGGUGUACGAGUCCGAGCUGGUGGACAUUGAGAAGGCAAUCGCCCAUUAUGAACAAGCAGCAGACUAUUACAAAGGCGAGGAGUCAAACAGCUCUGCAAACAAGUGUCUCCUAAAGGUUGCGUCAUACAGCGCACAGCUGGAACAGUAUCCGAAGGCCAUUGAGAUCUAUGAACAGGUUGGAACAAACACCAUGGAUAACCCCUUACUGAAAUACAGCGCCAAAGAGUAUUUCUUCAAAGCUUCUUUAUGUCACUUCAUUGUAGACGAACUGAAUGCAAAGCUUGCUGUUGAGAAAUACGAGGAAAUGUUCCCAGCGUUCACGGAUUCAAGAGAGUGCAAACUUCUGAAGAAACUCCUGGAAGCCCACGAGGAGCAGAAUGCAGAGGCUUUCACAGAAGCGGUGAAGGAGUUUGACUCUAUCUCACGUCUGGACCAGUGGCUGACCACCAUGCUUCUGCGCAUCAAGAAAACCAUCCAGGGUGAUGAGGGGGACUUGAAGUGAGAUGAUAAAUUGUGGGGAAACUAUCUACGGCAUGCCGCCCCCUCCCCAAUGCGUUUAUUUCAUUUUUGUGCAAUGGCCAAGACCAGGUUUCUGACCACAGUAUGUCAAUUUAUUGCUGCGCCAUUUAUAGAGAAUGUACAAACCUACGCGCCGAGUUAUAAAUCUUAUUUUUAAUAUAUUCACCCAUUUGGACGGCUGCAUCUAAGGAAUCAUGUUCUCAUAACAUAAUGGUUAUGUAGUUCAGUAUAGGGAACACCGUGGAUAAAGGAGGGAUGUGAGAACUUGAUCUCUGCUGGAGUUUGGAUGGCUAGUGCUGCAUGUCGUGUAGAUGUAGUUCUCUUGAAUAUGAACAGAAAACUUAUUCUUUUUCUCUUACAAGUUGAGUUAUUAUUUAUUUUCUUCUUUUGUGAGUUGAUUUAUCUGUCUUUAGUGUCUAGAAAGAGUAAUUGCUGUUACUGUAUGUGCUAAGAGACCAGGGAUCCAAGACUAUGAUUGGAUUAUAUCAACAACCAACACAAAUGAAUAGUGGAAUGGUUAUUCAUCUUUCAUUUCAUUCAUUUAAUACUUUCAUUCAGGUUGAUUUACAUUCUUCUGACUUGUUUGGGAUUUUUUUUUUUUUUAAACUUAAUUUGUCAUCUCUACUUUGCAGUAAGUGGGUUGGGUAUUCUUCUCCAACCAUAAAGUCUUUGCUUUUUGUUUGUUAGCCUGUCAGUUCCAUUGUGUGUCGUGUUGUGAAACCAUAGUUCAUGCAGCACUUCAGCUAGUGCACUCUCCAUACUGAAGGUAUUUAGCAGCGCAUGUCAGUGUGUAUUAGUGUUCUUGAUGUUCAGUAUCUCAUUGUGUGUACAAUUUUCAAAAAAGCCAUCAGAAGAAGCGACCUACAUGCUUACCUAGGUUCUUUCUGACAGAAUUAUUGAUGUCUUCAAUUGCUGAAUGGGUCUAUGAAUGUACAGAAAUAAAAAAUAUAUAUAUAUCAAUAUUAUACACAAA